AUGAUUGUCGACACUCUAUACAAACCCCGGCCCCGGAGAACCCGAAGACCGCGGCUGCCACGCCUUCUCCACGGAUUGAUCUCUCUCUUCCUCAUAUGGAGCGUGAUUGAAACAUAUUCCCUGUCCAACCAUUUCGCCCGGAUCGACAGCACCACUCAAUACCAAGACCGAUCCCAAGACCAUGCUAUUCCCCCCUCGGCACGUAUAUUUAUCGCCAGCAUCCACUGGAACGACGAGGAGGUCCUGCGGAGCCAUUGGAAUAAUGCGAUUCUGGACCUGGUGAAGGCGUUGGGUUCCGACCGGGUGUUUUUGAGUAUCUACGAGAGUGGGAGUUAUGAUAAUACCAAGGGCGCGAUAAGGGAAUUGGACGCAGAUCUGGAGGAUCUGGGCGUGCCAAGGAAGGUCGUGUUGUCGGAUGUGACGCACGAGGAUGACAUGCAAGUACCAGAUAGGGAAAAGGGCGAGGGUUGGAUUGAUACCGAUGAGGGAGAACGGGAAUUGCGACGGAUUCCGUAUCUUGCCCGUUUGCGGAAUCAAAGUCUGCAGCCGUUGCAGGAGUUAGCUCGGGAUGGGGUAGUAUUCGACUCGGUUUUGUUCUUGAAUGAUGUCGUAUUCACACCUGGGGAUGUGCUGGAAUUACUCGACACCAAUGGAGGCGACUAUGCCGCGGCAUGUUCGCUGGAUUUCUCAAGCCCGCCGUCAUAUUACGACACCUUUGCUCUUCGUGACUCGCAGGGCCACGGCCAUGUCACGCAUUCUUGGCCGUACUUCCGAUCCUCAACGUCCCGGCGGGCAAUGAAGGUCCUCGCUCCGGUACCGGUCUCUAGUUGCUGGAAUGGAAUGGUGGCCAUGCCAACCCUCCCCUUUUAUGAGCAUCUCCGCUUCCGGGGGAUCUCCGAUUCCUUGGCCCAAUCGCAUCUCGAAGGCUCCGAGUGCUGUCUUAUCCACGCCGACAAUCCCCUAGCGCUGCACCGCGAGACCUUUCUCAAUCCACGGGUCCGUGUGGGUUACCAUGGCGCCGCUUAUGACGCCGUACAUCCUGUCAAUGAAUGGCUCUCGCCAUGGCAGAUCUUCACGGGGCUGUGGGCGAAUCGGGUACUACGGUGGACGACUACCGAUGCGUUUAAGGAGUGGAGAGUGCGUAGUCGAGUCCGCCGGUGGGAAGAGAGUGAUGGGUACGGGGAGAACACUGAGCCGGGGGAAUUCUGUUUGAUAAAUGAGAUGCAUGUAUUGAAGCCGUGGGGAUGGGCACAUGCAUAG